UAUUCAUCUCCCUCCGGCCCAGGUGCAUCUGAAACGCGCGCUUGAUGUGUGCCUCCGCGUGCGAUUACAGACAGUGCUCGCGCUCGCCAUGUGAAACCCGAAUAAUUCGUAUCAUGUUGAUAUGAAAGCCUAUUUGGUGGUUAUCAUAUUAGUUAUCGAUCAGUGUUUUUUAAUCAGUUUCGGGUUGCACACUGCUUCAACUGAAGGAAAUGAUGGCUCAGUGGAUUUUGAUGGUUCCAAAACGCAAAAUCAGCCCGAGACAUCCAUCUCAGUUCAACCAGAUUUCAACGAAGAAGCGACGUUACCUAAACCCAGUGAAGAUGAAACUGUCCCUCUUCUCUCUAUCAAAUCACAAGAAUCAAAAGCCAAAGAACCACUGCCAAAACCCUGCCCUAUAACAAAUCCCACUACUAAUGUUAUUUCAAUAAUAAGCAAGUAUGAAGCUUUCAAUGCCCAAAGUAGAAGUCAAGAGCAAGAUUAUACCUCUCAUGAAACUCUGGUGACCGCAAAACAGUCUAGUUCCGAAGAAGGUGAAGAAAAACCCGAGAUUAGUUCAGCAGACACAGAUAGCAGUACGAUUGUAUCUUCACAACUGUCCAAAGUUGAUCCACAAGAUGACGAUGCCAUAAAAAAAAGUAAAUUGAAUGCUCCCUCUACGAAAACAGUGGCUUGGUCUCCAUCAGUUCUUUCAAGCUCUGACAGCUCAGAACCUAGUGAAAGUGAUCCAAGAAGCCCAGAAAAAAUCAACGCAACUGAAAUUAAUCAAAAUAAGUCUCCUACUCCAAAAACCUCGUUUUUAGAGUUGAAUUUAUCAGAAACUCGACCGAAAGGAAAGGAUUAUUCCGCACUUGAGAUCAAAAUUGACUCCAAAAUGUCGCGAUUUGAAAGCCUCACCGAAAAGUCGAAUACUAUUCACAUCGAAAGAGAGUACCUUAGCACAAGUACCGUCUUUGAAGGGUCAACCUUAAUGAUUGAGGAAUCUGUCGUAAGCGAGAAACGAGUUCACCAUCGUGCUUCAGAGGAAGCAACAGUCCACAUUGAGGAUUCUGUUACGAAUGAGAAGCGUUUACACCGUCAUGGCUCAGAAGAACCCACUCUUUAUGAGAGUCCAAUAACGGAUGACAGUAUCUCUCACCACAUUACAGAUACGGGAAUUAGUCUGACUCGUGGAACGGUAUCUUCAGAAAUGAGUGGCUCUCCACGUGCAGCUAUUCAACCGACUGCUUUCACAUCUGACACGGCAGUUGACGUCGAUAUCGAAGAGGAAGAACUAACGGAUGCUGGUCUUAGUCCAAUCCAUCCAGAUGCUACAGGUCUACGUCUGGCAGAGAUGCCUCAUGAUUUAGAGUCUAAAGCUAGAUUCUGUGAUGUCGCCACCAGCCCAUUAGAACUCAGGACUGACCAAAGAGAUCACACCGAUUUGUUAAAAGUUGAGAAGUCUGAUGCCGAGACAAUUACAGACGAGAUUGAGAAGCGAGAUAUCGGAUUAAGUCCAAAUAUCUCACAACUUCCGACUCCUUCCGUCCCGAGCACUCCUGGAGAUCCGAGGUACGAAGAUGCGUCGAAUCAAUCUGUGCUUGAUUUUGGAGUUUCCAAAUCAGGAAAUGAAAUUAAACCAAGUUCCACAUCAAAUUUGAAAUCUGAAACUGAGCCCAAGAUUCAAGAAGAAUCUAGCUCCUUGAAUAAGUCUACUUUAGAUGAGACAGUUAGUAAGAGUGGAAUGAGCCCCAUGGAAAAACUUUCGUUGUCAACGAGAGGUGACGCACCAUUGCAUCAGGAGGAAUUUGAAUACAGCAGUGACAAUGAAACUCUGCCUCGUGUCCAAGAACAAGCCAUUGAGAAGUUAAAUCGUUCUGAUGUAAGAUCUAAUUGUUCUGAAUACCAAACUUCGGCAAUUGUUCAAGUGACCGCUGAAGAGGAUGCCACCGACCCUGAACGACAUUCCCAUUGGGAUUCCAAAACUGUAGCAUCAUCAGAAACUUCAGAAAAAUCAGAUCAUAAACACUCAGAUCAGUCAGAAAGUUCAGAUCACAAACCUUGUGAUUUAGAUAUUAAACAAACGGAACAAGUAUUGUUGGUUAGUGACCCCAUUCCUGAUAAUUUUGAAGAAAAAAUUUCAUCCUUGCCAUCGCAGGUCCAAGAUGAAUUGGGAGUAGUCUCCUCUGCUAAAAUAUCACUGAAAGAGCAAGGUAGUGAGUUCGCACUUAAAGAGCCAGGUAGCGAGUUCGUACUAAACUCAGAUUCAGACUCUAAACUUAAUAUCAAACCUGAAACUGAAAUUGAUUACAAACCUGAUAUGACCUCUUCCGGUGCACUUGAAAGUGAGACGCCGGGAAAUUUAGUUCCUAAGUCUACUUAUGACAUUGAUAUUGAAACAUCUUCCAAUGAUCUUACGAGAGAUUACACAAUUGACGAGCCUCUAAAAUCGAAUUUAAACCGUCUCAAAAUCUCUGAUUCAGAAACCGUAAUAACUGAACCCGUCAACCUUGAUGUAACAUUUAAACCUCAACAUGACAGCAAGACCACCUCCCUAAACCAAAGUUCCUCUAUGAGGGAUGACUCACUCUUUAAAGUUGAAGAAGAAUCAAAAGUAAAGGAAGCCGCUCCAAUUAUUCUCGAUGAAACCAAUAGUGAACAAAAGCAUGCACAGGAAAAAAAAUUAAGUGAGUGCGUUAAUAAAGAAUCUGAGGGACGUUCAGUUGGAGGUGAUGUAGCAGAGGACCAGUCAGUGUCAGAUGCAGUGUCCGUUACAUUAGCUGAAUCACAAUCGCAAUCAAAAUCUCCCAUCGAGAAAACCUCAGCUGAGAAAGUUUUGAGUACAGAUUUUGAAGCUGGAGGAAAAUCUGAUUCUCCAUCUUCUGAUGACAAUAAAAGACGUGUUUUAGAUUCAGUGAAAGAGAUUACACUCAUUACUGCUAGUACCGUACCCCUGAGCGGUGAUACGAAUGAAGAAUCACCAGCACCAGACCCAACAAAACGCAACGAAACCAUCGCUGAGGCUAUUCUGGAUGCAGGUUCCAAAGUUGUAAGUCAACCUGACUUGAUCUCCUCUAGUAUUGAAGGAACUUUGCCGCUUGAAAGUAUGAAAUCAAAAGAAGAGAAUAGAAUGGUAUCUCAAAAAUUGUCCGAAAAAGAGCUCAUAUCGGAGAAGUCUUCGACGGCUAAAUCAUUACUAAUAAAUGUUUCGGAUGCACAAUCAACAACCGCAAUCUUUACCGAUGAAACGAUUACCAAAGUGACGGAUGCUGGUGGUUCAAAGAUCGAUCGCAUUCUUGAAGUAGAGUCAGUUGUUCAUGAUACAACUGACAAGACUAAUACCAAGGACUUGCACUCUGAGGGGGAAGUAAUAAAUGAGGAUGAAACAAUCUCAAAUGCUAAGAUUUCAAGUGAACCCAAUACAGCUGCGGCGUCAUCUGUAGAGAAUCCUUUAGCUAUCGAAAUACGUGAAACACUGAUCUCAGCUAAAAUAUCCUCUCAUGGAACAAACCUUGAGGAAUUACCGAGUUUAGAUUCAAAGUCGGAAUCUAAAGCUGAUGAUUUUUCUGGUAAGUAUGAUGGAACUCUUUCAGCACAGCCUUGCUUUGAGACACCAGGAGCAGAAACUAUCAGUGAAAAACUAUCCGAAGUUAUGAGUUUUGAGGAGAAUGUCCUCUCCAAAUUAGAAACAGCCGUGAGGCAAACACAUGAUACCAGUGAAACAAAUGAAGUUCUGUCCAGCAUUAUAAGUAUUGAGGAAUCACUCAAAACGAUAAAUGAAACCCUAGAAUCCGUGCCAAGCGAUCAGCAACGGCUCGAUACGAAAUUUCAUGAUGUCUACAGGUCUGCAGAUAGUAUAGUCUUUACGACAACACCUGAAGACGCUUCCUCAAGGAUAUCCAAGACGGAAACUCUCGCCGAACUUCCGGUGCAAAAACACUCAGUAUCAGCUUUGUGUACUGAAAACCGGAUAGAGUCUAAUAAGAUGGAAGUUGAAGACAUAAUGAUUAAGAAAGAAAUUCAUGUUUCCAUUGAUGAACGUGCUGAAGAUGAAAAGGAAUCCUUCCCAGAAUUUAAAUUGGAUCAAGAUACUAAAACAUUGAUCAAUGAUAUUAUGUCAAGUGAAAGCCAUGCCACUGUACCUAAGGUCAGCUCUCCUUCACUCACGUAUGAAAGUAGAGAUGAAGUCGUCGAAGAGGUAAUUGUUCCAAAAAAAGUUAUGCCGACCAUGGAACGCCUUGAAGGAGACGGUAUCACGCGUUCCGAGUUCGACUCUCUAAGCGUGCGUGUAUCUAGCACUGCACUCGAUGAUGUGGAUGUACACCACGAAUCACAUUCUGAUGUGGAAUUUGAAAGUCAGAGCACGUAUUUCAAUGCCACUUCUGCCAACGCUGACUCUCAUGUUGAAGUGAAUAAUGACAACCAAAAGAUAGACUCAUACUCUACCGAUGAACGUGUGAUAAUUACUGCCAAAAAUGACACGCGCACACAUUUAACUCAGAAUAUUAUCUCCGACAAUGACAAAAACCCAUCGGAAAACAUUUCGGUGGAAGAACCACGCACGUCUGAAGGUCUAGAUUUGCCUCUCUCAGCAGCCAGUGACUCCAAGAGCACUGAAAAUGUGCCCUUUCUAACGGAAUCAUCGUGCACAUUAUCUUUGGAAAGUGGUCUUUUGUCUGAAACUAUUCAUCAAAUCGCAAGCACAACAUUGGCACAACAUGCUUCUCCCUCAGUAUCUACCUCUGAAGCACUAAUUGAUAGUGCUUUUGAUAAGAAAUCAACAUUUAAUCACGCACAUGCUGAUACCAGCCCCACAGUACCCUCAGAAACUCGACUGCCCUCCAAACACAAAAAUCAACUGUCAGAGAGUUCUUUUGAGGACAGUUUAACGUCCGAAGUAGCCAUCAGCUCACCGGCAGAUAUGCAAGACUCGAUAUCUGAAAUACAAUCACUCAUUAAGAUCUCGGAAACACAAGUAGUAGAUCAAACAACGAAUGAAACUAUGGAGCAGUCAAAAGUAAAUUCCAAAUCUGCAGAAAAAUUACUCACGGCUGACAUUUCGAGCAAUGAUAAUAAUAAUGUAGAAGUAAGCGUUGAGCAUUCUGUGGGAGCACAGUCUCAAACAGAUGGUACGUCUAAUAUCUCCUCAGCCUCAGAAUCUCAAUCCCUCUCUAAAUCAGCAAAGGUGCUAGAAAUUUCUCGAAUUGCUUUAUCGACUGAAUUAUCAGACUCUCAACAAUCAUAUGAUAUUUCAGAAAACUUGUCGAAUCUUCAAGAUAUGGACGAUGAAGUUUUGCCCCCGCAUCCAAGUGCAGACAAUCCAGGGCAACCGUUGAAUUUUCCAUAUCAUCCUAUUGAGGUAUUAGCAGAUGCAGAAGCGAAAAAAACAACCGUCAUUCUUCCUUCGGGUCUUUCGCUAAGCAGCGGAACUGACAAUGAGACGAUUGUUCCAGCAGCUGAACUCGUUAGUGAAGCUUCUAAAAUAUUACGCGACUUCUCAUCUGAACUAGGCCAGACUACGUCACAAAAUCUUGGUGAAUCAACCCAGAUCAUCGAAGAAUUAAAUAAAGAUGAAGUUGUAAGUACAUCAUCUGUAGAACCCUUUCAAAAGGAAAUUACCAAUGUGGAUUUUAAGAUGGAGGGAAAUAUCAUUGAACCAAGCUCACGCUUACAUGUAGCAACGGCACCAAUUGAACCAAACGGAAUUAGUUCCACCCCUUUGCAAAACGAGCCUCAUCACGUCGGAGCGCCUAUAAAAUCUGCAGUUGUGCUGACUUCCGACGUUAGCGCUCAGAAAUUAACUGAAAAAUUGAAACAACAGGCUCCUGAGGUAGAAGAAAAAAAUGCUGACAUUGCUUUAUCCACAAAUAUUGAAUUCCCAACAGAAACUGAAGAUCUCGCAACACUUGCCCACCAAAUUUCUCAGACAAUCAGUGUUUCGCAUCGUAUGACCAGUGAGUCUCUUGAAAAACAUGAUGAGAUACGUGAAACUCCACUCAGUAAGUCUACACCUGAAUUUUCUGUGCAAGGUAUUUCAUCUAUCGCACAGUUAAACCAAGCCACCGCAGAUUUUACAGAAGGAAGUGGCACGGUUCCUGUUGCUGAUAAAUCUAGUUCGUCAUCUCUUUUGUCGAGUGGAGAUGCGAAUAAUCAAGAACUCGAGUCCGCAAAAGAAGGAGCCAAUUCUACUACUAUGACGGGAAUUGAUGAGCAUCUUGAUCGACGAAUCGUCAAUUCUUUCAAAUCAGACAACGAAGAACCUUUGUCCCCUGGAAAAGAGCCUUUGAACAUCUCUUCAUCGCCCAAAUCUCAAAAAGAAUCAGAAAAUGAUGAAACUUUGCUUAAAGGGCAUUCCAUUUUGACAACCGCUUCAGUAGGAAAUCUAAAUGUAAAGUACAAUACGACUUUUGAUGAGGUAGAUCCAAAAAUUGGAAACUUAACAGGCUACUCAAAGUUAACGCGUGCAGAAAAAGACGUUCCCAUGCCUACGCCUGAUAUGCGUAUGCGUGAAGGCCAAGUUUCAAAAGACGAAGAGGGUACAAAAUAUAUAGAGGUUGUGUCCGUCAUCGAAGAAAUCAACUCAAAGUCCUCAAAUUCUCGGUUGUCAACCCAAGAGUCUGGAGGUAGCUUAUUUGAAAAGGCUCCAGAUCAUGCUGAGGUUGAAAUUCAGCGGUUUGGUACCAGUCUGGAAACAACUGAUAAAUUACAGAAAAUGAGUGAAGGAAAGCCAACAGAAAUUGACAAAUCACAAGAAAUCCUUGUGCAAGAAUCCAGGAAUGACAAAUCUCAAGAACUGGAGGAUUUGUCGAAAUUUAAGGCCAAUGAAUCAAUUGAAACUGAAAAGACAACUCCAGCGAGAGAAAACACGGUUAAACAAAAACAUGUUGCAACCGAGGCUAAGAAAAUACAUGAAGAUGGUUUGGAUGAUGAAGGUGCUCAGGAUGCUUGGGAGGAAAUUGAAUCAUCAGAUGUCAAAGAGACAGAGAGUAAGCUGAUUGCAAGGUUCGAUGUUGUAGCCGUUGAUAGCGACCCACUCUUUGAAAAGUUACAUAAAGGUGACGAGGUGUCAGUAGGGAAUAAGAUUGAUCAAGAAGAGGAUGGUCAGGAGACAGGGAGUAAACCGGUUCUAAGUAUUGAUGAUGUAGCUGUUGAUAGCGACCCACUCUCUGAAAAGUUACAUGAAGGCGAUGAGGUGUCAGUAGGGAAUAAGAUUGAUCAAGAAGAGGAUGGUCAGGAGACAGGGAGUAAACCGAUUCCAAGUUUUGAUGAUGUAGCCGUUGAUAGCGACCCUCUCUCUGAAAAGUUACAUGAAGGUGAUGAGAUAUCGAUAGGAAAUAAGAUUGAUCUGGAAGAGGACAGUAGCAUAUCGCAGCAACUUCAACGCAAAGUCGGAAGCGAUCCAGUCGAGCUGAACAAUGCACGUCAGGUUGAAGCAUCAGAAACCAAAGGCCUUGAAUGCCAAGAAGCCUUGCAACCUCAACGGAAAGUCCCAGACGAUGCAGAUGAGCAGACUAUUGUAAUUCAGGCUGAGGUAUCAGAAUUUAAGGAGGUUGAAUGUAAAGGAGCCUUAACAGAUUCCUCGAGCCGCGGACAAAGUGGGUUUUCUGCUGAAAUCACCUCCAGAAUGUUUGUCAAAGCAGAUAAAAUCUCACAAGAGCCACCCAAGUCAAUUGAGUUACUCUCUGGAACCAUUUGCACCCAAAGAGCGGAUACAGUCAUGCUUAAAGAAUCGCAUGAAGGAGUCUCUUCUGUUACGGCUGAACGGAUUUUUGAAGAGGAGACUGAAACAUUAUCCGACAACAAGGCUCUUGAAACAAAAAACAUUAUUCAGGACUCUUCCACGUUCAUUUCAAGUGAACUUUCAUCAGUUGAGCCUACCUUUACAAGCACUGUUGAAUCAGAUAAUAUUUCCCAAGAUACAGUCAAAAUAGAAGGUAUCUCUUUUGAAACUAACGAUACAUUGAUAAACGAUUUAAUCGAGCAAAAAGAAGUACAACUAGACAAACUAGUCAUUGAAGAUACAGUCGAAUUACCAGAUGUGAAAGAUCUAGAAGUGCACCCUGAGGGUGCUCUCACUAAAAUUGCUCUUAUUGAAAAGGAAACUACCAAAUUCUAUGAUAUCGAUGAGCCUGAGAAGAAACCAAUCCUUGAAGAUUCCUCAAGUGCCGAAAAUGGUGAACGUGUAACAUCCGAACUUAGUUCUGGAAGAGUCUAUGAACCAACAAAGAUCUCUUCAAGUACAGAUAAACUAGAAGAAGUCUCAUCUAAAACGGAAAGCACACAAGAAAUAGACACAAUCGAGGUGCAGAAUCAACAGAGAGCCUUCGGAGAUGAGGGUGAACAUGUUUUUCAAAGUGAGCUUCCAAUGUUGGAGGAGGAGGAUUUUGAGAAACAAUGUCUGACGGAAUCUUCGAGCCUGUUACAGUCUAAGGUGCCUUCUAGUGAAAGUACUCCUAGUAUGUCCGUUGAUGUACAGCAAAUGACGGAAGAGGUACUGGAAACUGAUAAAUUGUUCUCUGAGCUGCGUAAAUCCCCGAAAGAAACUGCGGAUGAAGCUCAUACGGAAUCUCUUUUGAUUCAAAGUCAACAAAUUUCAUCAGAGGACCCCAAAGUAAUAUCAGAAAUAAAAGAGCUGGAAAGAAUACGAGUUCAUAAUGAUGCUUUAAAUUCAGAGAAUAGGGAAAUUGAAGAUGAACGAAAAAAGGAGGAAGUUCAUACUGAGGAAAGCCAGCGAAAAGCCUCUGACGAUGAAGGCAGACAGGUUGUUCAAAACGUGGUGACAAUAUCACAGGUGAAGGAAUUCGAGCAUGAAGAGAUACUGCUAGAAUCAUCGAAGCUUUUACAAGCUAACUUUUCUUCCACUGAAAGCAGUCUUCCCUCAUCUAAUGGAGCUCAACGAACCAUAGAAGAAGGACUGAAUACUAAUUUAAUACACUUAGACAUGAAAAACUCCCGAAAAGAGCCUACGAUACCAAAUGAACAAGCAACCUCGGGAAGCUCUUUGAUCGAAGUUGAACAUAUUUCUGAGAAGGAAGCUGAAGUAUUAUUUGUAAAUGAAGAGUUUGACAGAAACCGUUUUCUUGAAGAUCAUUCUAGCUGUAAUAAGGCCGAAGUUAUGUCUUUUGAACUGAAACCAAGCUCUUCAGAUAUAAUAAAAGCCGAAGUUACUUCUCCUGAAACUGAAGACCAUAAAACCGACAAAAUCCGCGUUGAAGAUCUACAGGAAGCAGAUUUUGAAAGUAAGAGCAAACAAUCAAUCCCCGGUGAGGUUGCAGUAUUAGACGUCGAGGACUUUGAACGCAUCCAAAUUCUGACGGAAUCUUCGAGCCUUGAACAGGCUAAGUUUUCCUCCACCAUACUCACAUCUGAUAUGUCUGUUGAAGUAGAACAUCAUUCGCAAGAAGCUCUGGCGAGUCAAGAAUUAUUAUCCAAAAAAAGAGACUCUCCAAAUGAUUCUGUGAUCAUGAUUGAUGAAGCAAAACCCCAAAGCCUUCGAAUGGAACUCGAGCAGGGUUCUGAAAAGGAAUCAGGAGUUUCCAUCAACAUGGAUGCGAAGAAUCUGGAUACCAAAAAAACUGUCAUGACUUCGUCUGCUCUUUGUGAGGAUGAAUUGAAAUUAGCUGAUUUUAGCCCCAGGAAAGACGUCGAGCCAGGACGUAUUCCCAAAGAUGCAGCCAAAACAGAAAUGACUCCAUCUGAAAUCGAAGACUCGCAAGGAAAGGUCACGAUCAAGAUUGAGGACAAGCCGCAAAAAUGCUUGAACGGUGAUAAAAUACAGCAAAUUCAAGGUGGAGAUGCAACUUUUACAGUCAAGGACCUCAGACCUGAGUCAAAUCUAACAGAUCAUUCGAGUCCUAAAGAGGCUGAGUCAGCUUCCGGAAUGAUUUCAACCAUAUCUGCUGAAGAAAAAAGAAUAUCAGAAGAGGCACUGAAGACUGAUGAAAACUUACUCUCAGAGACAAUUAGCUCCCAAACAGAGGUUGCCGUCGUGACUGAAGAUACUCAUCCGGAAGCUCCUCUCCUUGAUGUUCAGCAGGCUUUCAAUAUAGAAACUGAAAUAUCACUUGAAAUCAAGGAGCUUAAAGAAGGAAGUGCCCAUCAGGACUCGUCUGGUUUUGAUAAAGAUGAAUCGUCAGUUGAACAUGGUCUCGAGAAAGUCGCUGAAUACGAACUUAUUCGUGAGUGCGUGGUCAAACCAGAAAAAAUUACAUCUGACACUGAAGGUACGAUCGAGAAUAAGGGGCAAAAAGGCUGGGAUGAUGACGAAGUACAGCUAAUCCAAAGUGACGUUUCAGCAUCCGGUGUCAAGGAUGUUAAACCGAGGCCAGUUCUGAAGGCUCCUUCAAGUCUUGAAGAGACGGGGUCACCUUCUGCUAGAGACAUUUCUGCCAUGUCUGCUGAAAAAGAGAGAACGACAAACGAGGCUCAGCAGCUUGAUGAGUCACUUUCUAAAACUAGUAGUUCUCAGAAAGAGGUUCCAAUCGAAACUGAAGAAGCUCAUCUGGAAGGUAUUGCCCUUGAAGUUCAACGAGCUUCUAUAAUGGAAACUGGAGUAAUCUUUGAAAUCAAGGACCUCGAAGGACAAGCAACUUUUUCAGAAGCGUCGAUCUCUGGAAAGGAUGACUUCAAGUUACUUGAAGCCAGCUCCAAAAAAGUUGUUGAACCUGAAAAUAUCUCUGGCGUAGUAGCGGUAACUGGAGAAACUUUGCGUGAAACUGGAGAUACGCAAGAACCCGACACAAACGAAGAUAAGGAUCGAAAGCAGAAAGGUAGUGAAGAUGAUCGCAAGCAGGAUAUUGAAAAUGAGGUUGCAGUGUCGGUUUUUGAGGAACCUGCAAGGAAUCAGAUCUAUCAGACCGUCUCCGUUUCCGAGAAUAAUGAACGUGUAUUAGACCAACUUACCUCUGGGAAAAUCAUCGAGCCUGAGCAGUUUCCUCGAGAAACAGUGAAAACUGAAAUGACUUCAUCUGAUACUGAAAUCAGACAGGAAAUAUCUACUAUGGAGGCUGAAGAUCAACAGCAAAAACGUUUAGACGGUAAUGAUGAACACUUAACCCCAAAAGACGUUAACAUAACAGUAGUGGAAACUGGAGGCCGACUAGAAAUGGAUACAAUUGAGGCUAAGGAUCCUGUACAGAAAGGUUUCCACGAUGAUGGUGAACAAGUUAUUUCCAGUGACAUUGGAAUAGUAGUAGUCGAGGAGCUUAAAAGAAAUCUAUUGCAUGAAGAGUCUCCCACCUCUGACAAAGAUGAACUUAUGUCAUUAAAAAUUAGCCCUCAAAAAGGCGUUGAAUCAGAGAAUUUUUCACGGGAGGUGGUCAAAACGGAUUUUAUUUCAUCUGAAUCUGAAAAUGUCCAAAAGAAGGACCAAAUAAAGUCUGAGGAUGGACAAGAAGAAGCCUUACAAGAUGAUGGUAAAGAGACCAUUCAGAGAGAUUUUACAAAACCGACUGUCAGUGAUCUUGAAAAUAAAGCAACUGGGACGGAUGCCCCGAGUCUUAAACGCACUGUGUUAUCUUCUUCGGAAAUCUUCUCCACUGAGGCCUCUGAAUCAGAAGAAACGACGGAAAAGGUACCAGAACCUGAGGAGUUUUUCGCGGAAAGAAGUAGAACUCACGCCGGAGCUGCUAUCCUGAUAGAGGAAACGUAUCCGAAUGAUACUAUUCUUGAAGUCGGGUUGGUUCCUGAAAAGGAAACUGAAAGUUUGAUUGAUGCCAAAGAGCUGGUAGAAAAUAAGAUCCAGGUGGUCUCGUCAAGUUCUGAAGAGGAUGAAUGUGGGUCAGUUGAAUGUAGCACAAGGGAAGUUGGUGAAGCUGAACAUAUUCCUCGAGUGAUGAUGAGAAUUGAAGAGACGUCACGUGAAACUGAUAGCGGACAGGAAAAAGGUACAAUCAAAGGCGAAGAUCGACAGCAGAAGGGCUCUGAAAAGAAGCUUGAACAAGAUGAGGAUUUAGAUCAAUGGGAUGUCGCAAUUUCCGCUGACAGUGACCUUCGAUGCAGGCCAAAUUUAACGGAUUUUUCGAGCCUAGAACAGGCUCAGCCAACUACUGCAGAAAUCAUUCCUCGCUUGCUUGAUGAACCAGAAAAAAUGGUAGGACAUGAACUAAAGACCGACUUUCCACUCUCUGAAACGGAUCGUAGUCAAAAAAAGGGUGCAGUAACGAUUGAAGGAUUCUAUCAGAAAGUUUCUUCAAUACAUGUUGAACAGAUUUUUGCCGAGGAAGAUAAAGUUUCAUUGUAUACUAAGGAUCUGGACAAAAAAGAAACUGUUCAGGGGUCUUCAAUUUCAGGGAAAGAUGAAUUUAAAUCAGUUGUAGUUAGCUUUGGAGAAACUGAUGAGCAAGAACAGAUGCCCAGGGAAAUAGUUAAAACAGAAAUGAUUUCGUCCAGAGACACAGAAGAAAAGAUCACAUUUGAAGUUAAGGAUCGACAACAGGACAGCUCCGAUAGUGACAGGGUGGAUACCAUUCAAGGUGAGAUUGCAAUUUCCGCUAUCGAGGACUUCGGCUGUGAGUCAAAUGUGAUGGCCCAUCCCCGUCUUGAACAGAUUGAGCCAACUGCGUCUGAAAUUACUUCUAGUAUGGCUGUUGAAGCAGAAUACACGACGAAAGGUGUACUGCAAACUGAUGAGCUGUUCUUUGAAGCGAAUGAUUCCUCAAAGGAAACCCCAAUCGUGAUUGAAGAGCCACAGGCUCCCGAAAAGCAAACUGAAAUAUCCUUUGAAAUCAAGGAGUUAGAAAAGGGAAGAAUCCUUACGGAUACCAAAAGUUCUGAAGUAGGUGAACUUACGCCAGAAGAAUCGAGCCUAGGGAAAGUGGUCGAGCCUGAACAGAUCCUCCUAAAGGUAGAGAAAACUACAGAGACGCCAUCUAAAGCGGAAGAUGAACCAGACGAGGCUUCAAUCAAAGCAGAAGAUAGGCGGCCAAAAGGUGCUCAUGGUGGCGAAGAGGACAUUCAAAAGGAGGUUUCCGUUCAAGAUUAUAUCCUUGACGCCUCAGCCUCCCUUGAGAAAGAUAGACGUGUAUCAGCCGAUGUUAGCCCUGGUAUAGUCAUUGAGUCUCAGCAGUCUCCCCUAGAGGUCGCUGCAACGAUAGUAACAUCACCUGACAAUGAAGUCAGAGAGGGAACGGACACUACAGAGGCCAAAAAUCGAAAGCAUGAAGGCACGGUAGAUGACGACGAGCAGGCUGUUCAAAGUGAAGUUGCUGAAUUAAAAGUCGCCGACCUUGAAAGGAGUCAAAUCAUUGCAGCUUCUCUCACCUUGGGAGGAGAUAAACGUGCAUCCGCCGAUAUUAAACCUGACCAAGUCGUUGAAUCUAAACAGUCUCCCCAAGAAGUCAUCACAGUAGAUGGAGCUUCACCUGAAAAUACAGCCAUAGAAGAAUUGGACACUAUUGAAGCCGAAGAUCAAGAGCGCGAAAGCUGCUUGAAUGAAGGCGAACAAGCUAUUCAAAAUGAAGUUACAAAAUCAAUUGUCGUUGAUCUUGAAAUGAAUGAAAUCCUUGAAGCUUCCUUCGCCUCUGAAAAAGAUGAACAUACAUCAACCAGUGCUAGCCCCAGAAAAUUCGUUGAACCUGAACAGAUUUCUCGAGAGAUGGUGAAUUCUGAAAAAACUGUCAAUACAUAUGAAGUCGGACAGAGAAUGGACACUAUCAAGGUUGAGAGUCAAGAGGAAAAUGACUUUGUUGAUGACGCCGAAAAGUCUGCUCAAAGUGCAUUUGCAACAUCAGGAGUCGUAAAUCUCGAAAGGAACCAAAUCGUUGAAGGCUGCUCCACUUCUGAGGAAAAUGAACUUAAAUCAGUUGAUGUUAGCCCUAAAAAAGUUGAAUCUAAACAAUUUCCUCGAGACAUUAUGGUGAACAAGGCAGUGAUUUCAUCUGAUACUGAAAACAGACCUGAAUUGGACACUACCAAGGCUGAGGAUCAAGACCAGAAAUGCUUCGACAGUGAUGAUAGACAGGUUAUCCAGAAAAAUGUUGACAUCGCAGUUAUCAAAACUGAAGUCGGACAGGGAACCGACAUUAUCGAGGCCAAGGAUCAACAAGAAAGAGGCUCUCACAAUGACGAUGGACGGGUAACUCAGAGUGAUGUCAUCAUAGAAGUAAAGGAGAAGCUUGAAAGGAGUCAAAUCCUUGAGGCCUCCUCCAUCUGUGAAAAGAUUGAUGGUCUAUUAGUCGACAUCAUUCCCAAAACAGUUGAUGAAUUUAAACUGACCUCCCUAGAAAUAGCCGAAACAGAAGGAAUGUUCUCAAAAAUGGACCUAAGGCAGGAACUUGACCCUGCCAAACCUGAGGAUCAAGAACAGAAAGUCUCCGACGGUGACGGUGAUCGAGCUGUUCCGAGUGAGGUUGCAAAAUCAGUACACAUGGAGCUCGAAAGUAUUCAAGCACUUGGAGGCUCUUUCACCACUGAGGAGGAUGAUCGUACGACAGUCGACGUUAGUCCCGAAAAAGAAGUUGAAACUGAUCAGAAUCUCCGAGAAUUCGUCGGAACAGAAGAAACUUCAUCUAGUUCUAAGAAAAUACGUGAAAUGGAUACAGUCGAGGGCGAAGAUUUUCAGCAAAUAGCCGGAAAACUCGAAAGAAAUCAAGUUCCUGAAGACUCUGUCACUUCUGAGAGGGAUGCCCAUGUCAGUCCCGGAAAAGUCAUUGAAUCUGAUCAAAUCCCUAGAGAGACGUUGCAAACGGCUCCAUCUGAAGAUGAAGUGAAGCAAGACGUAGGCACUAUCAAGGAUGAUGAUCGGAAGCAAGAUGGCCGCGAAGAUGGUGAUAAACACGCUGUUUUAAGUGAAGAUCCAAAAUCGGAAGUCGCGGACCUUGGUAGGAAUCAAAUCUUUGAAACCUUCUCUGAAAUGGAUGAACAUGAAUCCGUGCAUGUUCGUCCGAGAAAAGAUGUUGAACCUGAACGAUGUUCUCUAGAGAUCGUCAAAGAAACUUCAUGUAAAACAGAGGAAGUACGUGAAUCUGACCCCGCCGAGACUAUGGAUCGGCAAAAGAAAGGGCUUAGCGAUGAUCGUGAUCAAACCGUUGUAAGUGAGGAACCGAAAACAGGACUCUUGGAUCUUGUAAGGAAUCAAAUCUUCGAGGGCUCCUCCACCUCUGAGAUUAAUGAAAGUAAAUUAGAUGAUAUUAGUCCCAAAGAAGGAAUUGAACCUGAACGGAUUUCUUCUGAAAUGAUGAGGGCGGAUGAGACUGCAUCGGAAACUGAAGUUAAACAGAAAAUGGACACCAUCGAAGCUGAGAAUCGAGAGCAAAAAAGCUUUGACGAUGAAGAUAAACUAGCCAUUCAAAGUGAUGUUGCAAAAUCUGUAGUCUUGGAGCUAGAAAGGAAGGAAUUCCUCGAUGACUCCUGCUCUUCUGAAAAGGAUAAACCCAAGCUUAGCCCCAAGAAAGUCGUAGAUCUUGUACAGAUCCCUCAGGAACCAGUUAAAUCAGAAGAUACCUCUUCUAAAAAUGAUGUUGAGCAAGAUGUAAAUCCUAUCGAGGAUAAAGAUCGAAAGCAGGGUGACUCUAACGCUGAUGAAAAUGAGUCUAAUCAAAGUGAUGUUGCAGUACCAACUAUCCACAAACUUGAAAGGAAUCAAAUCCCUGAAAAUUCCUCAAGCUUUGAAAGAGCUGACGUUAUUUCAGUGAAUCGAAACCUCGAAAUGGUGGUAGAAUCAGAACCUAUCCCUGACGAGAUAAGGACAGCGGACGUAAAUUCCUCCGAAAGUAAUGACACCACGGAAAAGAGUGCAAUCGAAUCUAAAGGAAACCAGCAAGAAGGCCCUUCCCUAGAGGUUGCGGAUGUGAACGAGACGAAAAAAGAAGGCGCUGUAGAGGACCUUCCUGGCUUAAAAGAGAGUCGUUCAGCCCAGAGCCCUAUGAAGGACUCUCAUGGCAUGUCUAUAAAAACGACACAUGAGGAGAUUCAAACUAUUACUGAUGUAGAAAAUUUAACAAACAGAGAUCAUGAUAAGUUAUCACUCGCAUCCCAUGAGACGACCGACCUAGAAUCUCCUGAAAAUUUAAAAUUCGAUGAAGUUAACCAGUCUGAUGCUUCAACAGAAUCGCAUUACGAAGGAAGGAGUGAAGGUUCACUUGAUGAAGUUUCGACUGCACAAUCCAUAAGAAAGGAUAGAGAGGAUCAACAAGACUAUCCUGAAUUGUUGGUGAAGAAACCUAAAACAUGCACAAAUCUUUCCAAAGACCCAAAAGACAUGCAAACCAAACUUAUUUUUGAAGAUUCAAUCGAACCAAUUUUGGAACCUCCGCUUCCGAAGUUUGAGAAUGCUGAAGAGCCAGCUGUAUUGGUUAAAAAAUUAUCAAGAUCUAAGGUUGGGGAUACUGGAGAGUCUCUAUCAUCACAUCUCAUCGCAGCAAGAACCGAAGUUGCUUUGGUAGAUUUACCUGAAAACAAGAUAAUUUUGCCAGUUCAUGCAAAUGAAAGUCUUUAUUCGUCUAUCGGAGAGAAUGCACUUUUAGUCUCAUCUGUCUCAGAUAAAUCGACUCCUAUAGAGCCUGUAGGCUUGGUAAAAUCUGAUUCUCAUGAAGACAUCGAUGACAAGGCAGACAGAAUUACUUAUGUGGAAUGCAGUUCAACACCUAAAACAUCAGAGAGAGAAAGUGUUACUCCAGAAUUGGAAUGCACCCUAAGUACAAAAUACGAAGAGAUGAUGGACCCAGAAAAUAUUUCGCUACCCUCUUCAUUAUCAAACAGAUCUGGUGAACUUGCCGAAUUUCCUAUAAAAGCUGAAAUAUCUUCUGACUUAGGAAAUGAGAACAAUUCCAAGCAGGCUGGUGACUCUGAAAAACUAUUGAGCCAAUCAGGUUCUAGCCUCAAUACAUCAGCUCCUAGUCUGAAAGACUCCCAUAGAACCCAGCUUGAUCUUACAUCAGAUGUACGAGAAGCAGACACUGGAGACUCAUAUGAAUCAGGAGCCUCCACCGCUCCCACCAGUCUAACCAGCUACUCUGAGAAUGAUUCUCAAGUAACAUCUCAGCCACUAACUGAAGAAGACACUAAUAAAGGAAGCAGUUUUCAAAGUGAAUCUUUUUCUGAUAAUUCUUCAGGCCCUGAUUUUGCUUCUCAACGUAGCACCGGUUUUUCUGAGGAUUCGGAGGAGCAAGGCAGUCUCUUCACUACAAAAUCCGGUUCAACGUAUGUUUUUGUAAAAUCGACCAGCACCAAUUUAUUAUGCUCCUGCGAUGAAAUUGAAACAGCUCGAGAUGUAACAUUGUCAAGCAAAAACCACGAAGGAAAAGUUGAAAUUAUGGCAACGACUUUGCGCGAAACAGUAGCAGUGGAGAAGUCGCAGAAAUCUCCGGCGCAAAAUGUUCAAGGCUCUGAAACAGCUGAAACUGACUUUUCAGGCUCUACUGUCGAGCGAGCUGCCCCCACUUUCAAGGUUGAAACGUGGCAGCAAUCUAAUAUCUCUCUGUCGUCGAUCGGAUGUAUUUCAUGGAAUUUGCCUGACAUUGAAGAUAAGAUAGCGCCUUUUAGUUCGGAACAAACCGUAGCUCUGAAUACAGUUUUGACGGAGGACCACUGCUCCUAUGAUAGUGCUGACCAAAAAUCGCAGCAAUCAUUAUCUGAAGAACGCAGCAAAAAACCCGCUUCCGUUCCUUUGGAACCUGGCUCACAGAUGUUAGGAGCAACAAACCUGGAGCUUAAAAAUCUUGAGGAGAAUAAAUUUGGCGAAAUGAAUUUGAGUGGAAUGGCAUCUUCUCAAAAUCAGAAAAUUCCUGUGAUUGCAAUAACGCCGGAAGAUGGGCCCAAACCAUUGCCCUUGAAAUAUCUAAGAAUUGGAUCAACUCCGGAGCCUUUAACAGACACGGAAGACUUAGAAGCUAGCACUGACCAAACCCUCAAAAUUAUUAGACUUGGAAUGGAUGAUGCUGCCACUACAGAUGUAGAAGACAUGCAGGAUUCUGAUGACAAUGAUGCCCAAGAGAGGAACAUCUACAAAUAUCCUAAGACAUUCUCCGUAGACGAUAUUCUAGAUCCUGGCUCUUUUGAGGAGUCUAUCAGCAUCAAGUCCAAAAAAAAUGGAAUCAAGAAAUUGCUCUCUUCAUUCACCAGAUCACUUUCUGAGCCAGCUUACAAAAAUAAAGGACUCCAGUUACCUGUCUCUGAUGCUGAAGAAUUAACAGACGUAGACCUGUUAGACUCAGAUUGUGAUGUCAAUCCACACUAUGAUGAAGAUCAUUCUGUCCUAUUAAAUCAUCUAAUGGAUACUGAUGAUACCCAUAUUACCUCUGAGGAUAAAUUCAGAAGUUUAACGCCCUCUCCGAGUGUUACCCCUGAGCCUUAUUUCUCCGAAGGAAGGGUCAAGAAGUUUACUAAGAAGUCUGGAAAGUCAGGGGCCAGUCAUCUUUUAUCCCCUCGGUCACUGUCACCCCACUUGAGCGACUUUACAGACACUGAAAUUAUUUACUCUGACAAUGAAGAUGGCCAUUUUGAUGAUUUUCUAACAGUCGACCCUGUGGGACUGAAAAAGAGAAAAAAUCGCAAGCGAAAUAUUUUUACGAACUCUUCGGUUUAUAUCGCUGAAAUCGAGCCUCAAGCGCAGCCUGCUGAUUAUAGUACAGACACUGAAGAUAUGCUUCUCACGGAUAGAGAGGAGUUGUCUCCUAUGCCUGCAAGAAAUGUUUUGUAUGAGGAACCCAAAACUCGUUCCCCAUCGAGACAUGUAAUGAAACCUGAAGCAUUGAGUGCAGAAGUUAGCGAUGGUAACACGGACAUUGAAGACUUCUUCUCAGACACAGAUGAAGAUAUACCUCAUACCUCUCACAUGGUUCCAAAAAUAACUAAAAGUCAGGAUCAGUCCAGUUCCGCUCCUCACUUUCAAUCCUCUCAGGUGUUACCUGAUAUUGAAAACGAUUUUGAAAUAAGAUUUGUAGUUAUUCAUGGAGAGAAGAAACCAAUGAUUGUUACACCAGAGCCCAUGAACAACGAGGGGCUGGUCCAUGGCACACAAGAUUGGGCAACAGAUGUUGAAGACCUCUCAGAUGAUGAAGGAGUUCCCAAAAAAGUACCUGUGCUUGGAGGCUUUUUGACUGUCAACCAAGCAGCUCCCUAUGACAAAUUAACAGAUACUGAGGACAUUGAUUAUGACGGAGAACUGAGCCGAUCGAAAACUCCUGAACCUGAAGAUGGGGAUGAUAUAUUGGAUGAACUUUUGACUCCUGUCAGAGAAAUUCAUCUUGUGAAGGAGGAUGAAAGUGGGGCUCCUUCAAGAAUAAUUCUGCCAUUAGGAGAUGCAAACCCGUCAGGCUUGUUGUCACCGAGUGAGGAGACCGGUGGGACAUCUGAAAUUGAAGAAGUAGCAGACUCAUCUGAUGAGUAUCAGCCUACCAGUUAUCAGUAUCAGUCCCCUGAAAUAUCGGACAUCGAUGGUGGUUUUGUUGAAUCUAGUGAUAUUAUUAAAUCAGUAAAAAAGAAAAAUAGGUUAACUGUCGAUUCUCAACAUAUAGACCCAUCAACAGACACGGAGGAAAUCCUCCUCUCAAGUGGCGCAAAUAAUGGUCUGCGGAAAAGAAAAACCAAAGGAAAAAGUAAGAGUUCAUUGAAUCUUAAGGUUCCGUCCGUAACUGGCUCUGGAUUAACUGAUACAGAAGAAUUUGUGUUGAGCGAUUGUGAUUCGAAUACCAUUCUUGGAAUUCCCUCGGUGAGUAUUUCAAGCCCUGUAGUUGCGACUGAAAACAUUCCAACCACCGAUGUCGAAGACAUGGAAGCAUCUGAUGAUGAAGACUAUGAACGUGAUAGAUCGCUUUCAGUCACGCCCGAUUGUUUGAGCAGUUUAAAUAACGAAACAGUGACGCUCUUCCAAGAAAGUGACAAACCAUUCUCGAAAGAAACUGAAAAUAACUUUUUUAAAAUAAUGCAAGAUGUGAAAAGACAUAAUUUCACAACGCCAGAACCCCAGAUUACAACCCAUACAGACACAGAAGAGCUUCAAGAAUCAGCUCCCGAAGAAGAAGAUCUGAAGACUUGUGUUCAGAAUUGUGAUUACAAUUUAGAUCUGGAAGACGGGUUUUCAACAAUGGUUCACACGAAACAUACUCGAUCCUUCAUUAUCGAUCAAAAUGAGCUCAUGCAUGUGAAGGGUGCACCACCUGUCCUCAGAGAUGUAAACACUGAUGUGGAGGAUGUUGCAUUGUCAGAAGACGAGGCUCUCAACUUGAUAUCUGUCCACGAUAAUGAAAAAGAUGUUUGCGUCUGCAUCCAACCAGCUGGGGAUAAAAAAGUAUGUGUCUGUGUCACACGAGAAGACAACGAGUUAUCCCUUGUUUGGGAUGGUACAAAGUCUUCAAAUGAUACAUCCAAAUCUAAAGAAGAGGCCGCUAAAAACAAUGUAGUAGAUAGCCCAACAUCAGAUACAACUGGAAAAUCAGAAACUAAUCGGAAGGACCCGCAAGCUGUGGACAAGCAUGAACAGUUAACAAGAGCUCCAACCAUCUCAUCUCCCUCUCCCCAAGUACUUAACCUAACAAACCUUUCCUCCAAUCCUCCCAAGUCAGAACAAUCCUUGGAACUCAGCGAUUCAACCACUGAUGCACAAACAUAUUCAGUUCAAACAACAAAAAAAUUCUGGGAAAAGAUUUCAUCCAGUAGUACAUCAUCCGAUGACUCUCCUGUGAGAAGUGAAAUUCCUGCUCCUAAACCAGAAGCUGUUUCAAGAGCUGUGAAACCAAUUGCAAAACAACGAACUCUGUCUGUGACAUCCUCCAUUUCUAUAGACAAUAGCUCCGGUUCAAUAGAUGUAAACUCUACUGAUACUUCAAGUAAAGUUGAAGUUUUAGGUAGGGACGACAGCAGUGCAAAACCUAUGCAACCCUCUGCUGGUAUUCCAUCUACAGAUAACUUUGUAAAUGUUGCAACUACCAUCGCAGAAUCCUUUAAAGAAUCACGGAACACGAAAAGUAUCGAUUCUGAGACUGAGUACAUUGGUAGUCAUCCAUCUGAAUACUUUGCGUAUGAGAAUCCCGCUUUGAAAAUCGACACCACAGACAUAAGUAGUAGAUUCUUAACAGAAAGAGAGAGUGGUAUCUUUGAUAAGAGGUAUUCAGAAUGCUUGAAUGAAAUUCCGCCCAUCACUAUCCCUCGGAAAACUAUCCAUGAACGCUCUGCAUCCUUACCGUGCUCUGAGCUGUCAGACGAAAGUAUAAGAACUCGAAAAAGAAUUUUUGAGUCUCAAAUUAAAAAAGAAAUGGUUGUGGACCAAUUAAUGACUCAGUUGGAAGAAGAAUCAUCUCUAGAAUACAAGACUAUCUCAGACACUGAGAAAAGAGUUACAGAAGUAACUCAAGAGGACAUGAUAAAUAGGCAGAUUCAUACGCAUAUUUUCCGUUCUGAGAUUAACGAGCAGAUUGAUUCCUCCGUUCCUGAACACAAACAAAUAGGCCUAGAAAAAACGGUCAAAGAGACCCAGUCAUUAGAAACCAUCGAAGCCCCUGAUGAUGAUGCGAUCCAGGUGGUCAGUUCAGAGGUCGUGAAUGAAAUCAUAUCAGAAUCUAUGCACCAAGUAAGUCACCUAAGCAGCUACGACGAAUCUAAUUCAUCUACUGAUCUUCCAGAGACAUCAUUAGAACCACUUUCUUCAAAUCUGAAAGCCUGGCCAAAGGACAUUGGGGAAGUGCACAUUGAUAAAAGUGAACUGGAAUCAACGGAAAAAGGAAUAGAAAGAGAAGGACCAGAUCGUAGAACAUUUGACCCAGACAAAGAACUGGUACCCUCUAUCACUUACUCUUUAUCUGGGAAGCAACAAACAGACAGUUCAGACCAAAGUGUUGACACGCAGUCCGAAUCUGACGUUACCCCGGCUGACUCCAAGGACAAGCAGAUUUGGGAUACCAUAGAAUAUGACAUUGCCACAAGUACCUUGAUCGAUAAACAAGUAGUAUGUACGCCCGAAGAGCAUGUGCCAGAUACAGUCUGGGAAGUUCCAAUUCAAGAAAAUGAGCAAGAAGUUUAUGAUCAAGGUGUACCGAUCGAAGCUCAAGAGCAUUUUGAGGGUGGACUAACUGAAAAAAUGAUUGAAUCAUCGAGUGUUAAUGAGAAAGAAAUACGCACAAUGGCAGAAGGAGUCAUAGCAGACAUUGAAUCGGUGUUGAGUGGGAAAAACAUGGAUUUCCUGUCAUCAGAUGCUGCACAAUCCAAAUUAUCAGAAUUUUUGGAAUCGAUGCAUGAAUCUGGAGUAGACAAAUCUGUCAGUAAAGAUUUAAUUGAAUCAGUGAUUGCUAAAAAGCAUAGAGAAAAUAUGCAAAGAAUGUUUAGAACAGACACCAACACAUCAAGUGUCGAGAUUACUGACGAAGACCUCAGGAGCACUGGUGUUGAAACUGAUUUGUCUCUGCAAGACUGCAAAGUUCAGGGGUCACUUGAAACUCGAAGAAUAAGUUCUUAUGAAGAUUUAACUGCUGAUGUAUUUGAGAAGUCUCCAGAGGAUGCACCUCAGGUUGAAAGCUCUACAGAAUUAGAAGAUGCAUCAGGACUUGGGGAAAAAGCGACGCAACCUCCAUUUAAAGUAAAAGACAAAGAAAGCGAUAUCUGCACAAGCAAGCCAACUUCUGCAUCAAGUUUAGAGAGUGAAGUGUUACAAAUAAAUAAACCUGAUAAAGACAUCAUCGUCUUUACAGAAAAUAGUGAACAUACGCCCCCAUCUACUAAAAUAAUUGAAAGUGAUUCACCAUUAGAUAAAUUGAUUGCAAAUGUACCAGAGAUCCCAUUAGAUCUACGAAGUACACAGACAUCAAAUGCAGAGAAAACAAGCGGUCCAACAGUUCCGCUGGAUGUUGAAAUCAGUCAGAUCUCUGCAGCCAGUGAUCAAUUUGGUCCAUCAGUUCAUCAAUCUUUAGAGAAAGGAGUUAAGAGCUGCCCCGAUUCUUCCGGGAUAAUUGAAGGCACCAAAGAAGAACUCUCAAGGAUCGAGUCUCGAAAAAAAGAUGUAGAAGUAGGUGAGGCGGUUUUCCUUGAUGCCUGUCCAGAAACCACGCCAUCAUUAAAAGAACACUCUGAAGAGACAAAGUGCAGUAUUUCAGAACCAUUCCUUCCUGAAGAAAUUGAUGAACCAAUCUCUGAAUCUAGUGGCGUUGAUGACGACCAAUUGGUUGCUCUAUCAGAUCCUCCAAAAAAAUUGCUCAAAAAACGAUCGAAAGACAUAAAAAAAACUGGUAAUCGCAGAUCUGGAGCUGACCAUGAUGUGAAUUCUAGUUCUAGUGAAAGCAAUUAUCAAUCAUGUGAACAGACUGACACCAAAACACCUAGUAGGCCUCUUUCCUCUGAUGUAGAGGCUCUUUUAACAGGCACUGCUGGAACAGCAUGCUCUUCGGAGUAUGAAUCAGCCAUGUCACGCGAGAUUUCCUCUCGAUCCAACAUUGGGACCUCAUCACACGAUUAUCACACUGCGGUAAGCUCUUUGAGCUCUAGAGAAUCGAUGAAAUCUUUGAGCUCUGAAAGUUCAGGAAAUUUGGCUAGUGUAGAGAUAUCAAGCGAAGCGUCUGAAACUCUGAUUGCCUCAACACUAGAACUUGAUAGAGAUGACGUGAUGUCUGCCACAACUAUUGAUGAAGACGAGUUCAAAUCCCAGCAAGUAUUUGAGCCGUAUGAAACAGACAUUCCGACGCAUGUAAUUUGUGGCGAUUCAUCUCCUUUCAAGACUCACAAACAAGAUACGUACGAUGACGAUUAUGAUAGUGAAGGAAUGCGAUACCCAGGAGGGUCUCAAAGAAUGAAAAGAUCUCAUGAAAUGACCUUUCAGCCUGAACCGCAUGCAGUCAUUCCCGAACAUUCAACGAGUGAUUCUAUUACACAGGUGGCAACUCUGGUAUCGAGCACUGAAGAUCCUAUAGGGAGUCUUGCAUCAAGUUCCUCAGAUAUGGCAUCUAGCCGAUGUACCGUUAUUGAGAUGGAAAAGAAAUGUGCAACAGGGCCAUCUUCAGAACAAUGGAGUUUAAAUAUAUCUGGCUCUUCAGACCAAUUCAGCCUCUCUUCAGAAUCAAAGGAAGAAUUUUCAUUAACCCCUACUACCGUCGGAACUGUAACCAACGAGGCUGUUGAACCCCAAGCCUGCUCAUCGGUUACUAUUUUAAGCUCAGUUGUUAGUGAGAAUGGCAUUGAAAGUGUUGGCACUCAAAUCACUUCCAGACAUUCUAGUUCGCCACAGCCCGAGGUGCGGAGUAAAAUUCCACAACCCAGCCGAUUUUCCACUGGCUCUGAAGAUGAUGCUGAUAGUAAUGUAGGCAAAAAAGUAGGGCACAGGAGAAAUGAAAGCACCUCCAUUUCACAGUCAAGGAUUCCUGUAGCCGUUAGAGGAGAAACUCAGUCAGGUAUAAAGUUUACCGAGGGACUAGAAGAUGUUGCUGAAAGCGACAGGUACACUGAAAACGAUAGAAAAUGUAUUUCAGCCUUAGAUCGAAGAGAACUGGAAGAAAGGUAUGAAGAAUCGCUUCAUACAGAAGCAGACCAGGGAUUUUAUAGAGAUAUUAGAGAGGGGAAACUUCUUCUAGAUGACUGUUUUCCAACAGAGGAUGACUCUAGAGAACUUGACAGCAGACCCCACUCACAAAUCAGUAAAAGUGACUCAGAAAGUGGUCAGCGGCUCCCCUCCUCUACAUUCUCAGAUGAUCGGCCUGAUUCUGAACUGGCAAGUCUCCUUCAACAGGGUUCAUCAGAUGGUGCAUUUGAAGAUCCAAUCGAGCGACCCCCAACUCCUGAGCCACCUGCGACACCAGAAACGCCAGACAUUUUUGAUAACCAGUCAGAAGCAGAACGAGGAGACGAUGGGUUUGCACUGAAGAGAGAUCCCCACUCUAAUUGUUACGAUGGAGAUGAUUACCCUGAUUCUCCGUCAAAUGCUUCACCUGAGGUUCAGCUGGAGAAAGAACGUGUUUAUGAGUUCUCUUGUUCACCAGAAUUGGAAUCUUGCAUGUCUGUUGCCAGAGAUAAAACUCCAUUCCAACACAAUGGUGAUCACGAAGAAGAACUUGCCGAGGCUGAGGCUGCUUUUCAUGUCGUACCGCGGCUAACGCCCACAGUUCCAGCUUCGUUGCCCCCCACCAUUAUAGAGGACCCUGCUGCUGAGAACUACGAGUUAGAGGAAAGAGAAAUGCAGAUGAGGAAAGCAGCUUUACGCAAGGCAGAAAGGCUGUCUGUAGGUUCUAUCCCUGAUAUAACUGUCACACAACACAUGGCUCCACUGGACGAUAAAGAGUUUCAGUAUCCAGAUUUAGAGAACGAAAUUGCAGCUGAUUCAGCUGCUGCUUCAAUGUCCAGUAAAACAUCUUCCGAAACAACAGAGACUGAUCAAGGACAAGAAUACGUCGUCAAUGAUGAUGAAAUCAGUUGCACAACGGGUGAAACUUCAGCAGCUACAGAAGAAAAAACUGCGUUUGAAACCGAGUGUGUCUCCAAGCAGGGUAGUAAUGAUGUUGAAAAACAAUCCAUUACUGAAUCUCCGAACAGUGACUCAUUUGAGCUGCUAGAAAAACCCGAUUUGAUUGAUGACUUUGUUGUAAUCGAAGAAGUUGCUAAAGAGGCCAAUGAGCUAGACACCGAAGGGAAAAGUGUUCACAUUAAGAAGAGAGUUGUCGGAAAAGUCUCAGCUUUAAAAUUAUCUGAAAAUGAUGGUGACCUUAAUAAAACAGGAAAAGCAGACAAUGAGGAUGGUGAUGAAGGUCCAACAGUUUUUAAAACCCAGGCCAAAAUGACUAAUAUGACUUAUUAUGGAGCUGGUGGAUUACCAGAAGAUUUGUCUUUCCCUUUGGAUGAAAGUCCCACCGAUAAAAAUUCUCCCAGCAGUGACCUCGACUUCAAGGAUGAAGUUGAAGAUGGUAAAAAAUGGUUAGAAAUGCAAUUUGAAGGUGUAACUUCAGCGGCUGCUGAAUAUGGAUAUGAGGGUGAAUUUAGUCAUGCACCGCUGGAAGACAUCAAAGAAGAGGAUGUAACUGAUCUUGAAAGUAGCAAAGUUGGUAGCGCAGGUAGUCAGGUUAGUCAAUCCUUUGGAAGCCUCGGAAGUGACAAAAAGUCUCUUAGUAGUACACCUGAAUAUGAUGUUCUCGCUGGUAAAAAAUAUUUCUCUAAAUCCAACGAAAAAGAUAAUAUCUCUGUCAGCUCCUUGCAGGAGUUCGAAAAACUCGAGCAACUCAUGGCUGUUGAGGCGCUUAAAAGGUCACAAGGCUCUCAAGACUCGUUAGACACAUGGAGUUCUGGAAGUAAAAAACCACAUCACAGCUACGAUAAUAUUUCUUUCACUUCUUUGAAAGAGUAUGAAGGGUUAGAGUUAGCCUGUAUUGAGGCAGAAAUAAUUCAGAAAAAAGCGAAAGAUGAAGAGGCUCUGCUCUCUCAAAUAGAAGAAGGUCAUGAGAGUCAAGCCUCUGAAUCUGAGAGCUGUGAAACAAUAUCUGCCAUGAAGGGAAAUGACUCUAACUCUGAAGACUAUGAGAAACGUAUGUUUGAGAUAGACGAAAUCAUUAGACAAGCUCAGUCGAAUGUGGAGCAGUUCGCGGAAAGAACCGAAUCGAUGGGUCGCGGAGACUCUUUAGAAGAAGUCUCAAGGGUUCCAGAAUUAGAACUUGACAAACCUUUGGUAUCUCCAAUCAGAUCUCAGCCUGAAAUUUACAGUGGCAAGAAGUUUAUUCAACAAUGGCCCGAUGUUGAUGAUGAAAUGGCUAUCAGCACCGAUUCUCUAGACUUUAAACCACCCCAUUUAAAAGCCAAACUCUCUGAUCACCUAACAUCCAGCACUGACUCCCUAGAGCUUAAAUCCGAUGUCAUGUCAGCCAGUACAGACUCAAUAGAAUUCCAACAAAAGCAGAAGAAAAUGAAACAAAGCUCUAUGACCGACUCACUGGAAAUGGAAUCCAGAGUUUGUGCCAAAGUUUUUACGGAAACUUAUGAGGAUAGUUCAGGGUAUGAACUGGACAGUGAAGACUAUAGGUAUGGCAGCCGUAGUCAAACUACAGACUCCUCCAAUACAACUGUGAUUUGCAGAGACGUCAUGGGAAGUAGCACCGAUUCUUUAGAACCAUCUAGCUCAGCAGGCACUCAUGCAACCUACCAUUAUGAAAAUGAAUCUCUGAUGUCAUCAAGCGCAGGCUCCAAUACAUUAAUGUCUUCUGCUGAAAAUCUGGCCAACUCUGCGAGGGCAGGAAUAUGGUUUGAAGAUGGAAGACCAUACGUAACAGAAAAAAUAGAGCCUCUAGAAGGCGACGAGGAAGGUUACACUCAUACAAUUCACAGGACAGUUGAAAUGCCACCACAAAUUCACAAAGUUACAUUUACGGGUCCAAACGCAGAAAAGGCUCUUCAGGACUACAUUGCAAAGUUUGGUCCAGGAGAGGAUGUCUCUGAGACACAUGAGGUGGACUCUGAAGGACAGUUGCACAUUAAACGUGUUGUUCAGAGACGAGUAGUUUUGAAGCCUGAAGACCUGCAGACUGAACCUGAUGUAGACUGUGAUAGUUACUCUAAGCAUUCCGAGGAAAGAACUGAAUCAUUCCCAGGUACUGAGCGACAAAGCUCUGACGAUCUCUCUGACUUUUCCUCCUCCAUCAAAAGUUCUGUAGAAUUCCAUCAUAUUUCCUCUCAUCGUCAUUCCCCGUCUGUCCUAGACACCCGUGGAUUUACUAACAUUCCUUAUUCAGAAGGCGAGCAAGCAGCUGUGGAAUCAGGAGCUUCUGGAGUCGUUGAAGCUAAACCUCGUAAGCUACUCAAGUAUGACAUAAGUAUGGAUGAAGAAAUAGAAGUUGAUCCUAGAGAGCAUGACUGGAGGUUUAAUUUAGACUUAUCCUCUCAUAACGAAAGUGAAGAAGCGGCAAGCGGCACUCAAGGAAAAACUGAUAAAAGCUCGUAAUCAGGAAUCAUCGACUGAUGCUCUUUGCUGCCACUAGUCAUCAAAUCCCGGAGCUCGUCAAGUAACCCAAUAGAAAAUUUAAUGUGGUUGAAAUACUCUUUUAUAAAAUUUUCAUAACUUUUAAACAUGAUUUGUAUGUCCUGUUUAAGAAUUAAAUUUAAUUUUUUACUAAGUGGCCCAUAUUUUCAAUCUAUGGCCUCAACAAGUAAAUAUUUUGACAGGAGAAAAAAGUAAACUGGUUCUGAUUAAGUGUUUUUGUUUUCAAUUUUCAUGACUUGGACAUUUUUGCAUUUACCAUGUAAAGACCUUGGAUCACCCCCUUUAACCUCUCUACUUUAUCUUAAUUUUUAAAAAAUCCAAUGCCUCUGCGAAGAUCCAUGAAUCAAUUUAGCAUUUGUUAGCCUCUUUUUAUGGAUAUGUGUCCCCCCCCCCCCCCCCGAAUCUGAGUAUUUAUCCCAAUCUCAUCCCCUGUAAUUUUACCGAUGAUAAAUCUCAUGUUAAAAUUAUCUGUUAACUUUUGUCAUUUAAUCUUUAAGUAGAAAAUCAUUAUAAAAUAUUGCAUUCAUUAUAUUUUUGACCAUUUUUUAUGGUUAUCCCUAAUUGAAUUCAUUAAAAUUAGGAUUUCUCUUAAGAGAGUCACUGUUGAAGAAAACUUCUGACAAUGAGAUUUUAAAAUAUAUGAUCACAGCUUGUCUUGGCCAUAGAAUAUCAGUAGUUAGCGGAAUUGGAAUUUCAGUAUGUACAAAUAUUUGGAUUCCCAGAUUUGGAGUAGUGAGGAAUUGACAUGUAUCUUUCAAAAUUAGCGAUGUUGUAUCAUCGCAAAAUGAAAUAAGAGAUGUGUACUUUAUAUCAUCCCCUCAUGUUUUAAAUUAUUUGAUCGGAAUGACAUCACAAUUUGACAACAUUUUAUCAUGCUAAGUAUUUUUAUAUACAUUCAAGCCACCAGUCCAUCAUGAACACUAUAGAUAUUAAAUCCACCGAAACGUUCACGCUUUUGCAUGUACAAAGUAAAAAUAAUUAGUUACUUUCACCAGAGCUUUUAAAAUUGAAACUGUCCUUUAAUGCAUAUUUUUUUAAUCAUGAGUCUCAUAAAAGAAAUAGGAUGUUGCUUUAAUUCCAGUUGUUCCUCAUUCACCCUCUCCUUCAUUUCUGUUGGAUUCCAAUAUCCGCAGCAUGAAAACUUCUUCAUGUCAAUUGAAUUAAUCAUUGCAAGAUAUGAUAUCUCUCUCUUUCUUAAAACAUCAACCCUCAACUAUCUUUUAAUUUGAACCGUUCUAAUCUUCAAAUUGGAAAGGUGUGAAACUUAUACAACAUUUUCUAUAGAGUCAAAAAUUAGAACGGUCUUUGGAGAAUGGAGAUUUUUGUAAAAAAAUGUUUUAGAAAAAGAAUGUGAGUUGUUCUUGCACCCACAUUGAUUCAAUUGAACAUCUGUUCGAAAACUCUAUUGAUUUGGAUUACUUCAGUUUUCAUUUAAUUUGUGGACAUAUAGUCUGCAAUACAUCUAUAUUUUUAUUACUUUUAUUGUUGUGGAUCAAUGGUAUGCAAACCGGAAGCCAAUAUUUCUCGCUUGUUUCAACUUAAAUUUUUGCUUGGAAGUAAAAUGUAUUUUCUUUCUGCUUUUUUAACUGAAAAAAUUAAUAUUUUUGUAAAUAGCAUUUCGUUGUUUUUUCUCUUUGUUUUUUUUUUUUUGUUAUUUUUUAUUUUUAGCCGAAUAAAUAUUUUUAAAAGUAAACAUAUUUUAUUUUAGUUAUCUCUUUUUUGUUGGCUUUCGUUUUGUUAUGCUUUUAUUCUAGUAAUUACUUUAGAUAUACUUCUUCACAUUUUCUCAAGUUAUUUGUUGAGUCAGUACCUUAAUAUUUUGUUUGAUGUUUCAUGAAAUCUUUUCAAAGCCUGAUUUUCUUUUGAAUGUCAGAAGUUUGAUUAGUUAAAAUUGCAUUUUUGUGGAGUAUUACCCUCGGCUUACUUAUGACAUUUUAUGUUCUCUGACAGAAAAUAUGAUUUGCCUGGGUAAUGUAAUUAUACCCACCAUUUCUUGGCCAGGCAAUCCAUGUUGUUCUUAAUUUCCGUUUGGCUUAAUUUUGACUGCAACUCUCAUGUAAGGUUACAGAACUCUUGUUUUUUACAGCAGGGUAAUUUACUCCUCGCUAGCUAUACUGAGUGUAAGUUUCAGCUCACUGCAUUACUCAUGUACUUACUAAAAUCCAUUUGAAAAAUGCUUGUAAAUAAUUUUUUUUCUUUGUUUCCCGGAAAAGUUUCUGACCACCAUUUUAUGCUAUUUCACUAGAAUCAAUCAAAGUCUCUAAUUUCAUAAGAGUCGCAAAGAUUUUUGUUGUCAUUUUUUUUUUGGCUGGGUUGUCCUGCACAUUAUUGGCCUCAUAAUAGAUAACUUUCAACUUAGAGUUACGACCAUCCUCUUUUUUCAUACCUACCUACCCGAAUUGUACUCAUUAUAGUUGAUUUUCAUUUCCAUUAUUUGGAUGCAAUAAAAAAUAUAUUUCUUGUACAAAA